AUUCCUAAUNAUGUUUACCAAUGCAAAACAUGUGACCGUACUUUUCCGUCUUUCCAAGCCCUUGGCGGCCAUAGGGCCAGCCACAAGAAGCCUAAAGCCGCCACAGGUCUUCACUCCAAUCAUGACCUCAAGAAGUCUAUCUACGAUGACCCCGUUUCUCUCCAUCUCAACAACGUUGUCACCACGACUCCAAACAACAAUAGUAACCAUAGAUCGCUUGUGGUAUACGGUAAAGCUAAUAAUAAUAAGGUCCAUGAAUGUGGGAUAUGUGGAGCCGAAUUCACAUCCGGACAAGCAUUAGGUGGUCACAUGAGACGACAUAGAGGUGCAGUGGUGGCCGCAGCAGCCGCCUCUAACCCCACCGUAGCGGUUGCGGCCACUACAGCUACUGCAAACACUGCUUUGUCAUUAUCGCCUAUGUCAUUUGAUCAGAUGUCGGACGGUCCGGUUCAGGUUCCGGUUAAGAGAGCGAGGAGCGCGGUUGUGUCGUUAGAUUUAGAUCUGAAUCUACCUGCCCCGGAAGAUGAGAAUCGGGUCAACGGAUUAAGCUUAGCUUCAAAGCAAGAAAACGAACAAGAACAUGAACAAACACAACAGAAGAAACAGAGAGAAGAACAAAAGUCUCUUGUCUUGUCUUCUGCUCCUACAUUGGUGGAUUGCCAUUACUGAAAUCAAAAAUUCAAUUCCUAAUUAAGAUUCAUUUAUUGAUUUUUUAAAGCAGAAAUUGAUGAAUCAUUUUUCUAAGAAAAUUACUGAUUCCUUGCUUGUACAAGACUUGCAAGAUUCUUCUCUUCUUCUUUUUUCCUUGCCAAAGAAAACUAUGUAUUAUACAAAUAUAUAUACUCCCAUUAGGCAUAUG